AUGGGCAGCGGGCGCAGCGCGCGGGGCCGCGGCGGGGCCGCCUCGGGCGUGCUGCUGGCUCUGGUGGCCGCGCUGCUGGCCGCGGGUUCGGCCAGCGAGUACGACUACGUGAGCUUCCAGUCGGACAUCGGCUCGUACCAGAGCGGCCGCUUCUACACCAAGCCUCCGCAGUGCGUGGACAUCCCGGUGGACCUCAGGCUGUGCCACAACGUGGGCUACAAGAAGAUGGUGCUGCCCAACCUGCUGGAGCACGAGACCAUGGCAGAGGUGAAGCAGCAGGCCAGCAGCUGGGUGCCGCUGCUCAACAAGAACUGCCACAUGGGCACCCAGGUCUUCCUCUGCUCGCUCUUCGCGCCCGUCUGUCUGGACCGGCCCAUCUACCCGUGCCGCUGGCUCUGCGAGGCCGUGCGCGACUCGUGCGAGCCGGUCAUGCAGUUCUUCGGCUUCUACUGGCCCGAGAUGCUCAAGUGUGACAAGUUCCCCGAGGGCGACGUCUGCAUCGCCAUGACCCCGCCCAAUGCCACCGAAGCCUCGAAGCCCCAAGGUACAACAGUGUGUCCUCCGUGUGACAACGAGUUGAAAUCUGAGGCCAUCAUUGAACAUCUCUGUGCAAGCGAGUUUGGCAAAAGGAAGUCUAGGUAG